UAAGCUCGAACCCUCGUAAGCUAAGAACCUAAUCUCACCCUCCUCAAUUCCUAGCCAAUGACUCAGGCUCCAACGAUCCCCUUCUCCCUCAAAACCAUGGCGGCGGCGACAAUCUCCAUCCUACCUUCACCAACCACAUCCCAUCUCAUUCGCCGCCGCCGUUCUAUUCGCUGCUUCUCGUCCCCCACUCCGAUCCCGCCGGCGACCAUACUAUCGCAGGAUGAUCUUAAGAAGCUUUCGGCGGUGAAGGCGGUCGAAUACGUUAGAAGCGGCAUGGUGGUCGGCCUCGGCACGGGCUCCACUGCGGCCUUCGUCGUCUCCGAGAUCGGCGCCCUUUUGUCUGCCGGGAAACUCAGUGGCAUCAUCGGCGUUCCAACUUCUAAGCGCACAUUUGAGCAGGCGAUCUCGUUGGGCAUCCCGUUGUCUAGCCUCGAUGGGCACCCACGGUUGGAUCUCGCCAUAGAUGGGGCCGAUGAGGUGGAUCCAGAUCUUAACCUUGUUAAGGGACGAGGCGGAGCUCUUCUUCGCGAGAAGAUGGUCGAAGCUGCGUCCGACAAGUUCGUCGUCGUCGUAGAUGAGACGAAACUCGUGACCGGAUUGGGCGGCAGUGGGUUGGCGAUGCCGGUGGAAGUGGUGCAGUUCUGCUGGAAAUAUAAUCUGAUUAGGCUGCAGGAAUUGUUCCAGGAAGAAGGAUGUGAGGCGAAGCUUAGAUUGGAUCCUGAUGGGAAACCUUAUGUCACUGACAAUGCGAACUAUAUCAUAGAUUUGUACUUUAAAACACCGAUUGUCGAUGCAGCGGCUGCAGGAAAGGAGAUUUCAGGAUUGGAAGGAGUGGUUGAACAUGGUUUGUUUUUAGACAUGGCUACUGCUGUUAUUAUUGCUGGAAAAGAAGGGGUUAGCGUCAAAGCAAAGUGAGUAGUUAUUUACUCUGGAAUGUUAAGAGAGAAAAAAAAAUAUUUAAAUCAUGCUGCUGUGCUUUCCUUGUUGUGAUUAUUCUCUAAAGAUGUAUUUUAUUGUGUUAUAUGUGACUUAUUUUGAUUUUA